GUCCCGGCGAUGAGUCUGGUGGGGGGCUUCCCCCACCACCCGGUGGUCCACCAUGAGGGCUACCCCUUCGCCGCCGCCGCAGCCGCCGCCGCCGCCGCCAGCCGCUGCGGCCACGAGGAGAACCCUUACUUCCACGGCUGGCUGAUCAGCAGCCACCCGGCCGAGAUGUCGCCGCCCGACUACAGCAUGGCGCUCUCCUACAGCCCCGAGUACGCCAACGGGGCGGCGGGCCUGGAGCACCCCCACCACUACGUGGGCGGCCUGGCCCCCCCGGGCAGCGGCGGCGGGCCGCCGGGCCUGGACGGCGGGGGGCCCCGGCCGGUCAAGCGGCGCGGCACGGCCAACCGCAAGGAGCGGCGCAGGACUCAGAGCAUCAACAGCGCCUUCGCCGAGCUGCGCGAGUGCAUCCCCAACGUGCCCGCCGACACCAAGCUCUCCAAGAUCAAGACCCUGCGCCUGGCCACCAGCUACAUCGCCUACCUCAUGGACCUCCUGGCCAAGGACGAGGCCAACGGCGAGGCCGAGGCCUUCAAGGCCGAGAUCAAGAAGACCGACGUCAAGGAGGACAAGAGGAAGAAGGAGCUGAACGAGAUCUUGAAGAGCACGGUGAGCGGCAACGACAAGAAAACCAAAGGACGGACUGGCUGGCCGCAGCACGUGUGGGCUCUGGAGCUCAAGCAGUGAGCGCCGCCG